AUGAGGGUCGCUCUUGCUUUCGCGGCCUUCCUCGUGUUCCUGGCCAGCUCCGUCAAUGCCUACACACACCCCGAAGAACGUAGGUCGCGAGUCGCGAGGCUGAUCGCCUUCCGCGACAAGUACAGGCCGGUGGGCUGGGGCUGGCAGUACGCCUUCCGCACCUGGAACUGUCCCACGCGCGCAAACAACAGCGACAGCGAGUGCGAUCCCUGCGGCCGCGAGUGGUGGGGGGUGAGCAAUGAUCGCAUCCCUGGGGAGGGCUGGGUCACUAACAUCCAUUUCUCCCUGACGGGGGCGGAGGGGACCCCUCCCCGGGACCUGUGUGGAUUCGUGCAUGCCAAGGAGUGGGACUUCAAGGUGUGCAACCUCAACGGCACCCUGCCCACCUACCUCGGAGGCGACGGCUCCUGCAUGCCGCUGCUGGAGGAAUGGGACUUCUCCCGCAAUCACAUGGAAGGUCCCAUCCCGGAGUCCGUGGGGACCAUCGAGAGGCUGGUACGCUUCAAGAUGCAGGGCAACAAGCUGACUGGGCCAAUCCCAGCCAACUUUGGGGACCUGAAGGCACUGGAGUGGAUCCGCGUCUUUGACAACAAGCUGUCUGGGACCUUUGGCGAGACCUUCAAAAAGGUGAACCCGCGGAUGACCCAGCUGGCCAUAGGCGACCUGUACAACUUUGCGGAGGUCAGCCUGCAGAAUGGCAACAUCACCUACCUGCCCAAGAUGUGCGGCAUGAUCCCAGUCGGCAUCCAAUUUGCCAAUGGCUACGACAUCGGCGGUUCUCCAGGCCUGGGUCUCCCCUGCCCAGAUGAGGUAGCAAACGGGUGGCCCAAUGCCCUUUGA